UGGUCUAUUAAAAUUGCCAAAUUUGACCAAAAGUUAACAGCAUCUGAAGUUUGUUAUUAUAUAGAAUUUCAAGAAUAUCCUAAUACAUCAGAACCUGGUUUUUCAAGUGUAUAUAAUGUAUCAGGAAGGGAUGAAAAUGAAGUACUAAAAGCAUUUUCUAUGAUGAAUAUUCAAUAUUCUUAUGGAGGUAGUAGUACAACCCAUAUAGUAAAAAAUUGUAAUUUCUUUCCUGAAUAUGAAGUAUCUAAGGAAAAAAGAAAAUGUUUUAGCAUAAAGAUGUGUGAAUUUACAUCUAAAGAAUUAGAUGUAUCAUAUAUCUGUAGAUUUCACCUUAUCACUUUUUAA